AUGGCGUCGCUGAGUGACAAAUCAGUUUGGGAUGAAGUGGAAGAUGGUAUCGGAGAAGAAGUGUUAAAAAUGUCCACAGAGGAGAUAGUUCAGCGGACCCGUCUCCUGGACAGCGAGAUAAAGAUUAUGAAGAGUGAAGUGCUGCGGGUGACCCACGAGCUGCAGGCCAUGAAGGACAAGAUCAAGGAAAACACAGAGAAGAUCAAGGUCAACAAGACGCUGCCCUACCUGGUCUCCAACGUGAUCGAGUUGCUGGACGUGGAUCCCAACGACCAGGAGGAGGACGGCGCCAACGUGGAUCUGGAUUCCCAGAGAAAGGGAAAAUGCGCCGUGAUUAAAACGUCUACUCGGCAGACCUACUUCCUGCCAGUGAUCGGACUGGUGGAUGCCGAGAAGCUGAAGCCCGGAGACCUGGUUGGGGUCAAUAAAGACUCCUACCUAAUCCUGGAGACCCUGCCUACCGAGUACGACUCCAGAGUAAAGGCCAUGGAGGUGGAUGAACGUCCCACAGAGCAGUACAGCGACAUAGGUGGGCUCGAUAAGCAGAUCCAAGAACUGGUGGAGGCCAUAGUCCUGCCAAUGAACCACAAGGAGAAGUUUGAGAACCUGGGGAUCCAACCACCUAAAGGGGUUCUGAUGUAUGGGCCACCGGGCACUGGGAAGACUCUCCUUGCCAGGGCCUGCGCUGCCCAGACCAAGGCCACUUUCCUAAAGCUUGCAGGUCCACAGCUGGUCCAGAUGUUCAUCGGAGACGGAGCCAAGCUGGUCAGAGACGCCUUUGCCCUGGCCAAGGAGAAAGCCCCAUCCAUCAUCUUCAUCGACGAGCUGGACGCCAUCGGAACAAAGCGGUUUGACAGCGAGAAGGCUGGAGACAGGGAGGUGCAGAGGACCAUGUUGGAGCUGCUCAACCAGCUAGAUGGAUUCCAGCCCAACAUGCAGGUCAAGGUGAUUGCCGCCACCAACAGGGUUGACAUCUUGGAUCCCGCUCUUCUUCGUUCGGGUCGUCUGGACCGGAAGAUUGAGUUCCCGAUGCCAAACGAAGAGGCCAGAGCUCGCAUUAUGCAGAUUCACUCCCGCAAGAUGAAUGUCAGUCCAGAUGUCAACUACGAGGAGCUGGCCCGCUGCACCGACGACUUCAACGGAGCCCAGUGCAAAGCCGUGUGCGUGGAGGCCGGCAUGAUCGCGCUGCGUCGGCAGGCCACGGAGCUCAACCAUGAGGAUUACAUGGAGGGAAUCCUGGAAGUGCAAGCCAAGAAGAAGGCCAAUCUUCAGUACUAUGCCUAAGGACACUAAUAGUGUUUGUGUGGGAGAGAUCUUUUCAUCUUUUGAUUGUUAAAAUAGUUGUUACUCAGUAUUGGUAACAAGUGUUUAUCUUGGGUUAAUAAAAAGAGGGAAAUAAUAA